AUGCCGGCCGAGAAAAUCCGGGUUUCGGGUGACUCGCGCAUCGAGUACAGAUCUGCGACCCUCAACGGCAACAACUACGCCUACCUUUUCAGCCAACCUCAAUCAGGCAACUAUAGGGCGACUGUAUUCCUGAUCCAUGGAUUCCCGGAUAUUUCUAUGGGAUGGCGGUAUCAAAUCCCCAUGCUGGUUGACAUGGGAUUGAGAGUGGUGGCUCCGGAUUGUCUCGGCUAUGGACGAACGGAUGCCCCCGAAGACGCAAUCCACUACUCUCACAAACGCUGCGCAGACGACAUCCAAGCCCUGGCCUCGCACCUAGGCGAAUCCAAGAUUGUGCUCGGCGGACAUGACUGGGGCGCCGCACUAGCCUAUCGGGUCGCCCUCUGGCACCCGGAUCUCGUCAGCCACCUCUUCACCGUCUGCGUGCCCUUCGGUCGCCCCGUGGCGAAACAUAUCCCGCUCGAGGAGCUUGUACGAACCGUCACCCCGACAUUUGCGUACCAGCUCCAGUUCGGGAGUGGCAAUCUCGAGAAAGUGAUUCGCUCCAGGGCCGAGAUUAAGCAGUUCCUUUGUGCGAUGUAUGGGGGACGCACUGAGCAGGGUGAGGUCGGGUUCGAAGCCGAGAAAGGCGCGUUGUUGGAUAGGUUGCCGCUGAUCAAACCGUCGCGGUUGCUGAGCGAGGAGGAACUGGAUUAUUACUCGAGUGAAUUCGCCAGACACGGGAUUCAUGGACCGCUCAAUUGGUACCGAACUCGCAAGAUCAACCAUGAAGAGGAACUUGCCAUCCUCGACCGCCAGAUCACUAUCCCAGUACUAUUCAUACAGGCAUUGAGAGAUCAGGCACUGCCGGCGCAUCUGGGAAAGUCAAUGGCGAAGCACAUUCCUAAUCUGACGUUGAAGCAGGUCAAUACCUCGCACUGGGCGUUGUGGGAGAAGCCCGAGGAGGUGAACGGCAUUCUUGCAGCAUGGUUGAACGAAGCCGCUUUCGCCGAGGGAAGAGCAGGCAAGCUCUAG